AUGUCUUCUCUCUCUCGACGUGCUUGUUACAAGUGUGGCAAUGUUGGCCACUACGCUGAGGUCUGCUCUUCUGCUGAGCGUCUCUGCUACAACUGCAAGCAGCCCGGCCACGAGUCCAACGGAUGCCCUCUUCCCCGAACCACCGAGGCUAAGCAGUGCUAUCACUGCCAGGGUCUCGGCCACGUCCAGGCUGACUGCCCUACCCUCCGUCUGAGCGGCACCGGUACCAGCGGUCGAUGCUACAACUGUGGUCAGCCCGGUCACCUUGCUCGCGCUUGCCCCAACCCUGUCGGUCCUGGCCCCAUGGGCCGUGGUGCUCCUAUGGGCCGUGGUGGUUUCCCUGGUGGCUACGGCCGAGGUGGCUUUGCUGGUGGCCCUCGCCCUGCCACUUGUUACAAGUGCGGUGGUCCCAACCACUUUGCCCGUGAUUGCCAGGCUCAGGCUAUGAAGUGCUAUGCCUGCGGCAAGCUCGGCCAUAUCUCCCGAGACUGCACCGCUCCCAACGGUGGCCCUCUCAACACCGCUGGAAAGACCUGCUACCAGUGUGGUGAGGCUGGUCACAUCUCUCGCGACUGCCCCCAGAAGAACGCCCCCGGAGUUGGUGGUGUUCCUGGUGUUGGCAACGUUGGCAACGUUGGCGAGAUCCCUGCUGAGGUCGACAUCGGCAGUGUCCCUGCUCCCCCGGUUGCUUCUAUCGCUCCCGUGGCUUAGACAGCAAACUGAAGAUGGCUGUUGGGGAUAUGCUUUGGUUGCAGAUGACCCAACAGCGGCCCCUCGGAACUGAUGUUUCCUGAGGAUCUGAUCUGGGAUGGCCUCCGACUUUGUUUCUUAAUCGUUCUUUUUUUGAUGCCGACACGCGAACAUACUCAUCAUCCUUACCCUCGUAUUGUUUCUUUGUUCCGGUUCUUGUUUAUUUUGAUCCGAAGCAUGCAAUUGCCAGUAUCGUUGGACUGGCAUCGGCUUUGCACAGCGACUUCGGUCCGUCUAAAUUCAUCUUCGAACCUCUUUCUUAUCUUUUACCUGCCCAAUCCGGACUUUCUAUGGGAACAUGCAUAGCCACAGCAGCACUGUUGCUACUAUGCACGCCUAUUCGCAUGGAAAAUACCGGCCUUUGGCAGAAAAAGACAUCUACCAACGAAUUUCCUUUUCCCAACAUUCACCUAGACUUGUUUGCAUGGAUCCUUGGUUACUAGGGGGUCCCUAGACGGUUUCUCCGUAUCUGGCACCUUUCCCCAGACACAACUUUGGAUCAUUCACCCAAGGACUACUACUACGAUUUGAACGACAGAAGCUGUCACGUAGCUCUUAACGACUUUCGAAAGUUCUGCGGCACACUGCGAAGGAUAUACCCCGCGAGGCGAUGUGUUGGGUUGUUGAGCUUGGAAAAGAAAAGCGCAGAGACUCGGGCUUUGAUCAGUGAAGAAGUCCCCACAUGUUUGUGGGUGAGAUCAAGCCUCGGGAGAGCUUGUGUUGCCAUCCGGCGGCACAAAAGACCAGUGGACGCGUGCGUGAGAGUGGUGGGCUGAAGGCCAGAUUGAUCGACGACCAGAGGGGAUAAGAUGCUGUUUCUUGUGGACGACAGGUGACUUUCUAUUGCUAUGCAAGAAGAAACCUGUUUGAUGCGGAGGAUGGCGUCCUACAGAACGGCAGACAGACACAAGCACAUAACACAAGUUGUGAGGAGAGAAAACCAGACCACUCCACAACGGCUUGUGUUAAGUAGUUUUGCUUUGAUGUGGAUCUGAUGGAUGAGGAGUGAGGCUGCAGUGGUGGUUAGUGACAGAUGCGCAGAUGCAGUGAGAAGAGAAGAGUUGUAAAUGA